UAAAUACUUUCCCUCUCUUUCCAUUUUCCGUUUCUGCAAUCUUUCAAACUUUCUCCUUAUCUUGUUCGUACUGUAUCCUUGUGUUCGAAGACUUCCGUUCUUCUCCAACCUCCAUUUUCGGAUAAAGGUUUUCUGCCACUUUCUUCUUUAUAAAAAAUGGCCUCUGUAGACAUUCUUUCUCAGUGGGUUGACGAUACGGUCCUUGGGGAGGAACCGUUGGUUGACGCUGAGUUUAUCACCCACCUUCGUACUCACCAUAGGCUCUGUACUUCGGACGAGGACGAGCCCAAAUAUGAAUUGAUAAUCCCGAGUCCUGAAGACCGGGUCUGCUUUGGGAGAGUUGAUGAGGCGACCCCUCACUUUUUCUUUAUGUAUGAAUGCAUGAUCACCCGUUUGGGUGUUUUUCUUCCUUUCUCGGAUUUUGAGAUAUCCGUUCUGCACCACUGUAAGGUUGCCCCUACUCAAUUCCACCCCAAUUCCUGGGGUUUUUUGAAGAUUUAUCAGUUUAUAAGCCACGCUCUGGACUUCCCGACUUCCUUGAGAAUCUUCUUUUAUCUUUUCCAUAUGACUAAGCCCUUUAGUGGGCUAAACAAUAAACAACAAUGGGUAUCCUUCCGAGCCAUUCAAGGUCGGAGAAUUUUCACCCUUUUUGACGAAUCUUUCCACGACUUCAAAAAUUUCUUCUUGAAGGUUCAAGCCGUAGAGGGUCACCACCCCUUUUUUCUGGAUGAGCAUUCCUCCCCUCGCUUUCCCCUUUACUGGCUGCCAGCCACCCCUUGCGAAAAGAUUGGUCUAGAUGACCUAGACGAGGUGGAGGCGGCCAUUGUAGGGUUUUUCCGAGAAGCGUGGGGGAAGUCCCCAUACUUGGAUACCAGGAAAAUUCUUCAGGGUACACCGACCUUCGUUCAAUCUCAAAUAGGUAGUGCAUGCAUUCUUUAUUUCCGAGUUGUUUCCGCCGACUUACAUUUUGCCGACGAGUUGUUGACUUACAUUUUACCAACUUGUAACUCGGUUGUUAUUUGUUUUCUUUUGUAGAUAUGGCAAAAAAGAAUGCUCAGGAGGCCUACCAAAGGGUCCGGGAGGCUAAGGCGAAGUCCCGGGCUAGGUCCGGGGUAGUCAUCUCUCCUCCCCCUCCACCUCCUCCUCCUAAGAACACUGGCACUCCUACUCAACCUAUUGUUCUCUCUUCCUCGAGCUUGCCCCGACCACCCCCCUCUGCCCAAAUUCUCUCCGAACCCGAGAAGAAGAAGCGCAAGACUUCAGAGUCUGGCUCUUCUUCCUUCGAUGGUGGGGUUAAGGCGGAUGCUAUGGCAUUCGUCCGAAAGAACAUCUAUUCUUUUAUACAUAUGGAUGAUGUUUCUGUUUGGAACCACCUUACCACCAUGGCCGAGGAGAGUUUUAGGACGGCGGGUGUUUGCGGCAAGCUUUUGGACAUUUUUGAGAAAGCUCCCCUUAGCUCCUUGGGUGCAACCUCGAGGGUUGAGGAGUUGGAGGGGAGACUUCGUAUUUUUGAAAAACAUGAAAAGGAGCUGAAAGAGGAGAGGGAUAGGUUGAGGAAGGAGAGGGAUCACCUGAAGGAGGAGGAGGGUAAGCUACGGGCCCAAUGUACCUUGGAGGCUAAUCUGAGGAAGACGGCGCAAGACAGCUACCACAGCUUAUUUCAAGAUAUUGUGGCCGUGAGGAAGGAUUUGCUGAAUUCUCGGAACGCCUACGCCGAGUUGGAGGACUCUAUCGCCGAUGGUGCCGAGGAGUCUUGGAGAAUUUUCUUGGAACAAGUCAGAGUUAUUGCUCCCGACUUGGACCUUUCUCCACUACAUCCUGACAAAGUAGUUAUUGAUGGCGCCAUUGUUGAUCCUCCUGUUCCCGAGGUCGUUUCCGAAUCAGACCUGAAGACUCGGGGACAGAGGAUUAUUGAGUCUCCUCCUCGUCCCCAAGAUGCUCCGAGUUCUUCAAUCCUCACUCCGACUUCCUCUUUAGCUCCUCCUCCCGGUCCUGGUGGUGUUCCUCCUGGUGAUUCCUCUACUCCGUCCAAGAAAUGACUUCUUUUUAUUUUGUGGCUAUAUGGGGGCCCGGCCUGUGGGUCCCCCUUUUUUAAACUUCUAUUUAUUUGCUGGUGGUUUGUGAACAAUUUCCUUCUGGCCUUUUAAGGCCGUAAACAAAAUAUUCUGUUCGUUGCCCUUUUUUGGAUAAGGGUUUUUAAACAAAAUAAAUGCCCUUUUUUGGAUAAGGGUUUUCUAAUCGGAGUAGGCGCCCCUUUUUUGGAUAAGGGUUUAAGUUACUUUGCGCGUGCGCAUGCUUUUUCCUAUUUUGGUAUGUUUGAUCUUUUCGGAAAAACCUUUUGUUGGCUUCCAUUGUUUUUUUGAGCCUUUUCCGUGCGAAGGCUUGUAUGCAAACUUUAAACUUUCUCAGGUUCUCAUAUCUCUUUUGUUAUCCUUUAUACUCAACUUUUGCUUUAGUGAGUUUUUAUGACUUAGGUUAUUUUUGUGAUGCGCCUUUCAUCUACUCGGAACUCGGUUUCCUUUUACUCAGAGUUCUGUCGAGUUUGCGUUACUCGGGCUCCUUUCGACUUAAGAGUCGGAUAAUUCCCGAGUUUAAUGCGAUCAACUCGUAUAACCUCUUUACACCGACUUGUACCUCGUCGUUUCAUCCUGACGACCAUGUUAGGUCGGUUCAUGGGAUUUUCACGCUUUGUCGAGCUUAAGUCGGUGCGUUUCGUAGAAAGACUUAUAAAUAUAGAGAAGGAUAUUUAAGAGAAAUAUAGUAAUGAAAAAGAUCUUUAUUAAUCGGGAAGGUACCUUUGUGCUACUAAGGGUCUUGACAGUAUAUUUUCCCUUAGCCUCUACUAUGAUGCCUCGUUAAAAACCCCUCUCCAGAAAAAACCCUUCUUUGGGAAAAAAUCACGAAGCUGGGAAAAGAGUACAUCAGGGAGUAGAGUUCGCUUUUAACUGUAGUACCUUUUCAUAUUACAAGCAUGCCACGACCUGGGUAACUCAGUGUCAUCCAGGUCGGUUACUUUAUAGUAACCUUUCCCUAACACUUCUUUGAUUUUGUAUGGCCCUUUCCAAUUUGCGGCGAGCUUUCCUUCCCCCGACUUGUUGACUUCAAUGUCGUUUCUGAUUAGGACCAAGUCGUCUACAGCAAAUGUUCUUCGAAUGACUUUUUUGUUGUAUCUGGUAGCCAUUCUUUGCUUUAAUACUGCUUCUCUUAUCUGGGCGUUCUCUCGGACUUCGGGGAGCAAGUCGAGCUCCUCUUUGUGCCCCUGUACAUUUCCGACCUCAUCGUGAAGAAUUACCCUUGGGCUUUGCUCACUGAUUUCUAUAGGAAUCAUGGCUUCUACGCCGUAGACUAAUCGGAAGGGUGUUUCUCCUGUGGCGGAUUGGGGGGUCGUCCUAUAAGCCCAUAGCACUUGGGGGAGCUCUUCGGCCCAAGCUCCCUUUGCUUCCUGUAAUCUUUUCUUCAAACCUGCCAGUAUGACCUUGUUAGCUGCCUCGGCUUGCCCAUUGGCUUGUGGGUGUUCUACCGAGGUGAAUUGAUGUUUGAUUUUCAUGCUGGCAACCAAACUUCUGAAGGUGGCGUCGGUGAACUGGGUCCCAUUAUCAGUGGUGAUGGAAUAAGGUAUUCCAUACCUUGUGAUAAUGUUUUUGUAGAGGAACCUGCGACUUCUUUGAGCUGUGAUGGUGGCUAGUGGUUCUGCUUCUAUCCACUUUGUGAAGUAAUCUAUUCCCACGAUCAAGUAUUUGACUUGUCCUGGUGCUUGGGGAAAAGGACCUAACAAGUCCAUUCCCCAUUUUGCGAAAGGCCAGGGGGAAGUUAUACCAAUGAGCUCUUCUGGUGGAGCCACGUGGAAAUUCGCAUGCAUCUGGCAUGGCUGGCAUUUUUUCACAAGGUCUGUAGCAUCUUUCUGCAAGGUCGGCCAAUAGAAUCCUGCUCGGAUUACUUUCCUGGCCAACGAUCUUGCUCCGAGAUGAUUUCCGCAGAUUCCACUAUGUACUUCCUCUAACACCUCGGUGGUUCUUGAGGUCGGUACGCACUUCAGUAAUGGUGUUGAUAUCCCUCUUCUGUAAAGGACAUUUUUCACCAAUGUAUAAUGUUGUGCUUCCCUUCGGAUCUUUUUAGCCUCUUUCUCCUCUUUAGGGAGGAUGUCGAAUUUCAGGUAUUCGACUAAGGGAUUCAUCCAUCCGAGGUUUAGGCCGACUACCUCAAGUACCUCUUGUUCAUCUUCCGUUUUUGUUACCGAGGGUUCUUGGAGAGUUUCUUGAAUCAGGCUUCUGUUGUUCCCUCCAGGUUUGGUACUUGCUAACUUGGAUAGGGCGUCGGCUCUGCUAUUUAGAUCCCGAGUUAUAUGCUUGACCUCGCUUUCCGUGAAGUGCCCUAGGUGUUCCAAGGUUUUUUCCAAGUAUUUCUUCAUGUUGGGAUCCUUCGCCUGAUAUUCUCCACUUAUUUGGGAAGUCACCACUUGUGAGUCACUGUAGAUCAUCACCUUUGUAGCGCCAACUUCUUCUGCUAACUUUAAUCCGGCAAUCAAGGCUUCGUAUUCUGCCUGAUUGUUUGAAGCCGGAAAUUCAAAUUUUAAGGAGACCUCUAUCUGGGUUCCUUUUCCGUCUACCAAUAUUAUGCCUGCGCCGCUCCCUGUUUUAUUGGAGGAUCCGUCUACAUAGAGUUCCCAUGUAGUCGGUUUCUCCUCUUGUUCUCCUGCAUACUCUGCAAUAAAGUCGGCAAGGCACUGGGCUUUGAUUGCUGUCCGAGUUUCAUAUUUCAAAUCGAACUCGGAGAGUUCUAUUGCCCAUUGAACCAUUCUCCCUGCAACAUCCGUCUUUUGGAGGAUUUGCUUCAUGGGUUGGUUCGUACGGACUCUUAUUGUAUGAGCCUGAAAGUAAGGUCGUAGUCUUCGUGAGGCUAUCACUAAGGAGUAGGCAAACUUCUCUAGUUUGUGGUACCUUAGCUCAGGGCCUUGUAGAACCUUACUGGUAAAAUAGACCGGGUGUUGACCGACCUCGUCUUCUCGGACCAGGGCUGAGGAGACAGCCCUGUUUGCCACGGAUAGGUAUAGGACGAGGUCUUUUCCCGGUAUUGGUCGGGUUAAGAUAGGAGGUUGGCUUAAGAAUUUUUUGAACUCUUGGAACGCCUCCUCACAUUCCGGAGUCCAUUCAAACUGGCAUCCCUUCCUUAACAAGGAGAAUAAUGGAAGGGAUUUUAGUGCCGAUCCUGCCAAAAAUCUGGAGAGGGCUGCAAGUCGGCCAUUGAGCUGUUGAACCUCUCUUAAACAAGUCGGGCUCUUCAUUUCUAGGAUGGCUCUGCAUUUGUCGGGAUUGGCCUCAAUCCCUCUUUGUGUUAGCAUGAAGCCUAGAAAUUUCCCUGCUUCUACUGCGAAGGCGCAUUUUGCGGGAUUUAGUCUCAUCCCAUGCGACCUUAUAGUGUUGAAGACUUGUAAGAGGUCGGUUAAGGGGUCGACUUCUUGCUUGGUUUUUACUAACAUGUCGUCGACGUAUACCUCCAUUAAGCUCCCUAAAUGGGGGGAAAACACUUUGUUCAUCAGCCUUUGGUACGUGGCUCCUGCAUUCUUCAGUCCGAAUGGCAUGACCACAUAGCAAUAGUUGGCUUUUGGUGUGAUGAACGAUGUUUUCUCUUGGUCGGGCUCGUGCAUCGGGAUUUGGUUAUAUCCCGAGUAGGCGUCCAUGAAUGAUAGGUAUUGGUACCCUGAGCUGGAGUCUGCUAGGGUAUCAAUACUUGGUAAGGGAUAAGGGUCCUUAGGACAGGCCUUAUUCAGGUCGGUAUAGUCGACGCACAUCCUCCAUUUGCCGUUUUGUUUUUUGACUAGCACUACAUUGGCUAGCCAUGUUGGGUAUUUGACCUCUCUGAUGAAGCCGGCUUCCAGGAGCGCCUGUACUUGCUCUUCUACUAUGGAGGCCCUCUCUGGGCCGAGUUUGCGUCUCCUUUGCUGUACAGGUCGGGACCCUGGGUAAACCGAGAGCCUAUGAGACAUGAGCUCGGGAUCAAUCCCGGGCAUGUCGGAAGCCUUCCAGGCGAAGAGGUCGGAAUUAGUUUUUAGGAGUUCACCCAACCU